UCUAUAGAUCAUGUGACAUAUAUAUAUAGUAUCGGGAAGUCACGUGGGAGUCGUCCCGCUGACGCUUACCGUACUAAGCACCGUGACAUUACCGUAUGGAAUCGUAUUGUUUUGAAAAGCACAAUUUGCUUGUAUAUCUGCAACUUAAUCAACAUUACUUACAUUCAUUUAAAUCGUGCUGUGCUUUCCUUUGCAACGGGAAUCCAUUCCCAAAGAUCCAUCAGUGCUGAAGAUAUGGCAUUAUACCUCAUCUGGACCGUACUCCUUAUAAUUACAGUCCCAUCAGCAGCUGAAAAUAAAAUUGAAACGGGACAAAAUGAUAAAAAUCUUUCAAGUCCUAAUGCUAGUGAUAAAAACAAAACAGAUAUUUCCCUGAAAUAUGAAUUCAAAAAUGCUCUGAUCCUUAACUACACUAUGCUGCAAAAGCUAAGGAAUGCCCCGUCUGUUGGUGUGGCUUUCUUCUAUUCAAAACGUUUUAAAGCAAUUCCCCACUUUUUCUUUGAGUAUGACAAGUCUGCCGGUUUCUUAAAUGCAUAUGGAAUUAUGCUUGGAGUGGUUGAUUGCACAGCUGAUGUGGCAGACCUAACAGCUGUUUGUGCAAAGGAAACUAAAAGACGAAAAGUUCUGGCUUACAGACAAGGUGAAGAAAUGUUGGCACUUGACCUGGAUGUAAUGUUUGAUGUGAACUCAAUUAUGUCAAAUAUCCUGCAACUGGCUUUAUUAAAUGAUGUGGCCAUUAUACAAAGUGAGGAUGAACGUAAAGCGGUAGAGAAGGAGAAUGCUGGGCAAAAGGAUGUUAUAUUUUCUUAUCAUGCUGCCAUUGGCACAUAUGAGCACAGAGUCUUCAUGGAAGUUGCCUUUGCAUAUCGGGAUAAAUACAAGUUUUACCUGACCACACAUAUGAGCAGUAUUGCAGGUCUUCAGAAUAUCAGUUUGGUGACUGAGAACACAAUGAGUGCAGUGUGGAUGCUGUAUUGUAAGGAGAAAUAUGAUGCCUUAAAUGGAUGCCAUAGCAACAGCUACAGAGGACCCUUAACUCUUCAAGGUUUUGCAAGCUUUGUGAAAUUGCUAUCUCAGCCUAGGGUGUUUUACCAUCUGCAAGAUGGCUUAAAGCCUUCUUGUGAAACAAUGCCAUGCAUUCACAUAAGGCACACUUCAGAUACAAAAGCAUCUGUUGCUGCUGUCAUUGAUGCCAUCCAGUUUAUUGUGCAUGGGAUGGCUAGAUUAAUAGUGGAAGAGAGGCAUCCAAGUGUUAUCCCACCAUUGACACCUGACCCACAGAUUGAAUUGUCAAAACCUGGAAUGGAAAAGAGUAUAAUGAUGGAACAAGAGUGGACGAAGGAAAAUGUGGAGGCUUUCAUUUCAUCCGUUCUUUUCGGCAAGGAGACUGAGAUGGCACAGGGAGUUAGUCCACCUUCGUUUAGUGGUGAAAGUCAAAAUGUCACUGAAGAUAUUGUAAUGGACAUUGAUGAUAUGGUCAUGCAUGUAGCAGUGCAUACAGAGGUAAUUCCUGAGCACCUACCAGCACUCGGUGACAUGUCCUUUCCAGAGACAGUGGCUGCAAGAAAGCUGCUUGUGGUCUAUUUCUAUUUACCAUUUGAUUCAAGAAGCACAAUAUUUCUACAUGAGCUAGAGGAGGUUGCCAGUAACAUAACAGAUCUCCAAAAGGACCCUCAUGGUCAUCCACUUGCUCGAGUAAACUGUUAUGACUGGACUGAUGUGUGUCAGAAAGAAAACAUUACCACAUACCCAACUUUGCGUGUAUACAGGAAUGGUCAAAGACAAGAUUAUAAUGAUGUUUUGGACAAAGAUGUCGUUAUUCGCAUGAUAAGGCUUCUGCAGAUGGAGCAGCCUCUUAUCCUGAAGACUGUAAACGAAGUGACAGAUUUCCUAAGUGGGCGAAUGCCAGAAGAUGCAAAGCUUAUGACUGAUAACUUGGUCAUUUUGAGGCCCUCAUCUUCCAUGAAGGAGAUGGAAGAUUAUGGAUUGGUUGUUAAGUCUUUUGAGAGUCACAUGCUGUUUGCUGUAGUGGAUCCACAAGUUGAUACUAACUAUGUUCCAGAGACAAGUAUUGUACACGUGAGGCUUUCUGACCACCACAUGCCUAUUGAGACACUGCAUGAUCCAUUUGAUGCAGAAUCAAUGAAAAGCUUCCUUAUGAAGGGCCAGUUUCAUCUUUUGCCUGAACUUACACAUUUGAACUUCCCAGCUUUGUAUGCAAAGAAGCAACCAUUUGGAGUCCUGUUUUUAAGUAAAGAUGGUGCAGAAUCACAAAUUCUGGAGGAAAAUGUUGUUGCAAUAGUUAAAGCAAAAAUGUUUCCAGAGGUCAUAUUCUGCAAGAUGACAAUAGAUAGUGAUGAUUCCAUUGCAUCCAGCAUUCUUCGUCACUACCUAGGAAGCCUGCUGGUUCCUUCAUUAGUCAUUGUGUGGCAUCAGGAGGGGAAAAUCUUUGCACAGUAUGGUCCAGAUACCUCACAGUUCUCAGAGAAAGCAUUAUCCAGUUGGAUCAGAGGUGUCUUUGAUGGGAGUGAGAAACCUUUCAAGGGCCUUCGAAAGGGAGAAUGGAAGCCACAUGGACAACAUUAUGACUUCUUAACACUUAUUGAGCAUGAAAGGCAAAUGAAAAACACAGAUGAAGAGGAGAUGAUUAACCCAGAUUCAUCUUCGAUGUGUGAUGGUACUGACUGUGACAUGACCAUGCAAGGAGCCACAGGGACAGGGAUAAAAAUGAUGGCAGAAAAAGAGGAUGCAGAUUCUGACAUCCGAAAUACAAUGUUGGAGCUACAACAUUCUCGUCUGUAUUCUGGCAAGGAACGCAGGUCACACACCUCUGGUGCAGCUCAGCAUUCAGAGGCAGCAGUUUCCACAAAGAAAAACGCAGAGAUGGAAAUAGAAGCUGCUGCCCCACAAGCAGGUGGCCAUGCCAGUGAUUCUACUGGUGCUCACCCUGCUCUUUCAGAUAAUGCUGAAAUGAAGAAGAUGGAUAAACACACAGAACUUUAGAGUUUUACAGGUUCUGCACAGUACAGUGGAUGAUAUGCUUUCAUCCAUAAAAAUAUGUCAGCAGAAGUGUAUUCAGUGUCUGUGAUCCCAUAGUAUUAAAAUGUUGAUAUGUGUUGUGACAGUCUAUGCUAUGAUCUGACAAAUCAGCCGCCCAAUAACUUUUAUCUCUUUACAUAUUUGAAUACAUUUUAUUUUAAUUCUGUUAGGACUGAAGUUUACUUUGGGAAUAUGAAAUACUUUGUAUAUACUCAUUUAUGGAGUGUGCAAGGAUAGUUUGGGCAGUUGCCUCAUUUCGUUAUUUGAAUUUUAGUUUUACUUGAAAUCCUAUGGCUGAAUUUUGCUAACAUUAAAGGAUCUCCAGAGCUGAAAAUUAGUCGCGGUUUAUUCUCAAGCAUAACUGGUAUUUCCAGAUAAUAUGUUUGUAACAACUGGCAGGUUUGCUGAUCAAAAUCAAACCAUUCCAUCACUUCUUACAUUUACACGAAGGUAUCUUUUGUUAUUUAAGAGUUUACCUUGCAGUCCUGAGAUAUAACAUGAACAUGCAGUAAAUCGUGUUCCUUCUUUUUGUCAUUGUUUUGAUAUUUUUGUUACAGGUUAACAGAAGCUUCUGUGAUAAGAGCAUUUGACACUUGUGCUAACAUUCUAAUGCUGCUGAUGAAAACAGCUGGGUUUUUCCAGAAUUGCAUAUUUUUCAUAGAACAUUUUUGUUUGUUGUUUUUAAAUACUAUUUUAGGUUAGAAAGUGAUGCACAGUUUGUACAAUAUAUUUUGCAAAUGAACUGUUUUUUUAAUCAAUCAUCUUACAAAAGUUUAUUUAAAUAGAUUGAUAUGAUAUUAUUCUGAGAGAGAGAGAAUGUGUGUGUAUGUGCAUGCACAUGUACUUGAACAUGCAAAGGCAUUUGAUGUGUCCGUUGAAAUGAAAAUAUUUUUCGUUAUUACUGCCUUUGUCCUUACAUUGGUCUCUCCCCAUUUUUGUUGAGCGGCCCGGUGGCGCAACGGUUAGCGCUGUUAGCGCCUGUCACCAAUACAGUGAAGGUUGGCUGCCCAGAGUUCAUUUCUCGUCUCGGGCACGCUGUUCUUUCUCUGCACGUGGCAUCUGUUUACAGGGCUGGCUGCCUGCCGUAAUAUAGCCUCAGUUGCUGACACGGCGUAAAACACCAAAUCCCCCCCCCCUCCCCAUUUUUGUUUCUCUCUCUCUGUGCUAUUUGGAAUUUGCUUUGCUUAAGAACUGUUUUUUGCAUUUAUUUAAUUCUGUCUCAAGCUUUUUCUCAAGUGUACUAGUUUUCUUUUGAACAAAUGGUCAGAAUGUUUAAACUUUAUUAUAAAGGUUACUGAACAAAUUGUGCUGGAACUCUAUUGGUAUUUCGAACUUGACAGAAAGACAACUCAUCUCUUUCAAAGACCAAAUCAACCCAUGUAAGACCAAAUAGGCCCAAUCCAAAACACAAAUUCUGUAUUGAUCUGUCCAGCUCCUAUUGCAAGCAUUUAUCUCUUUAAUGCCAGAGCAUUAAGACUAAGACUAAGAAUAUCAGUUUCCUGAAACAGCCUUAAUAGCAAAUUCACCUUGAAAUGUGCAUUGUCUGUGAACUGUGUAUAAAGCACAGUUAAAUUUGUUGCAUCUGUUUUUGUUUUCUGAUUUUGUUACCUUCUGUUAACACAUAGAACUCAGUAAUAAAUUUAAAACAAUAAUUAUGUUUUUACCAUCAAGGAAUGUUAUUUAUAUUUAAAUCAAUCUUCUUUAUCAGCAAUUUAAACUAUAUUGGGCCAAACAAACUGCCAGAAUUAAAAAAAAAUCUACAGCCUUGUGCUAAUCUGCGCUAAUAUUACAUGUCAGCUGUGUAAAUUUCUUGCAGAAGAUUUGUCAAAAUAAAGAAGUCAAAGUGCACCAGGAA